UGAUAAAAAAAACAAUCCAUGCAUGCAGAUAUGUGAACGAUUCAUGAUUGGAUUUCCGUACUGGUGGGAGACUUGGGAUUCACACAUGGAAUCAUACCCAAACCUUUUUAUCCACCCACAAGAGGAUUCAAUUCAAUUUUACCUGGAGAAAUUCCAACUAGCCAAUUUUAUUCAGAAGUUUGCACCUUUCUUAAUCAAGGACCUUAAUGAUGCUAAAAAGUUACCAAUCAAUGAUCUCUAUGCAUUCAUAGGGGGUUCAAGAUUUCAGGAACACAAUUGUGGAAAUGAUGUUUCAACCAAGGAAAGUUCUGCUGCUUCUGAAGAUGCCAGACCCGCAGUUGUAGCUUAUGUGGAAAUAGGCUUGAACCCGAGCAGCACUUCACAUGAAAGAGAUCAUGUGAACAUUGAGGGUAAUGUAUCUCUUGCUCCUACAGAAACAUAUAGUGGUGAUGAAACUUGCAAAGAGGCAGGAAAUCAGAAUGACACUAUGCAUCCAGAUGCAAGAGAAGAUGAUGUUGGUAGCCAUCUUUUUAACUCCGAUUGGACUUGCACUAUGCCCCCUAAUCAUAUGCCCAAUGACUCAGAAGGAGGAAAUGCCACCAAUGCUGAACUACUGGCUUUAGAUCCUUUAGCCAGAGUACAGCCUAAAAGUUCUAAUUGCUGCUCAGAGAUUGCUGGUGCUUUUCAAAGUGUUGAACCCUUAAGUUAUCAAAGUGCUCCAGUGGCUCCAUUGAAGAAUCAACAAUACUUGGAAAGAAAUGAGCACAUCACAUUGACUCAAAAGGCAGUAUCAAAUAAAACUGUACCAUCUUCAAUUCACUCGGAUGUGCAAUCUCCGAAAAAAACUGUAGGUUCAGCAAAGAAGCAGAGAUCUGCAAAGCAAGGGUUGGGGCGUCCUACUAGAUUGAAUUCAGCUCCAUAUGCUCGGCUUACUCGUUCUAGGGUCCGGGCAUUAUCUAUUUCCACACCCGAGUCUCUCAAAAUGAGAAGAACCAGAUCAGGUCGAGUGAUAGUACCUCAAUUGGAUUCAGUAAGAAGUUGGGUUGUCUAUGACAGGGAUGGGUUCAUUUCAGGCGUUGCUCAUACGCAUAAUGGGGGCUAACUGGCAAGUUAGCAAGACUUGCAUGCAAGUCCAGAAGGUAACGACUUGAUUUUCGACAUGGAAGUUCCAAGGCUCCAGCACCAAGCGGUGGGCGACAGUAUAAGAUCCACUUGUUUCUACCACUGGAUAUUUGCAUAUUAGGACCUUGUAAUGUCAGAUAUGGGCAGCUUUUAUUUUUGUGCAAUCGAUUUGAAGUCAUCAAGAUUA